UCCUAACAAGCCAGUUUUCUGUUUGAGAAUCAUGUUCACAGUGUUUAAGAAACUAUGUGAAUAUAAGUGAACCAGAUUUCAGGACUGGGACCUAUGACAGCUUAUGGGAGAGCAGAGGUCUGAUAUUCCACCCUUGGGACCACCAGCUGGGAUGCAGCCUCUAUGUGUCAACUUCAGGACCCUUCUUCUCUUGGCUCUGCUUCCCUGGCCAGGUGCAGGACAAUUCUAUGUGAUAGGACCCAGAGCACCAGUCAUUGGUUUGGUUGGGGAAGAGGCUGUGUUGUCCUGCCAGCUCAGCCCAUCAAUGGAUGCUCAGAACAUGGAAGUGAAAUGGUACCGUAAUGAUCCUUUUGGCCUGGUGCAUCAUUAUAGUACUUCCCAGGUUGACAUGGAGCAGCAGAUGCCAGAAUACCAAGGGAGAACAGAGUUCCUGAAGGAGAAUAUUACCAAAGGCCAUGUUGCCUUAAGGAUACGUCCCAUCCAACUUUCAGAUGGAGGGGAGUAUGCAUGUUUCUUUGAAAGCUCCACAUAUUACAAUGAUGCAACAUUCCAAGUGUUGGUCACAGUCUCGGGUAGGGCCCCUCAUAUCCACAUUGAACCUGGAAAUAAAAAGGACUUUAAAGUGACCUGCAUGUCCACGGGGUGGUAUCCAGAGCCUGAGGUUCAAUGGAGGAACCAUCAAGGACUGCAUCUGGCACCAGGCUCUGAGACAAAGACAAUGGAAGGAAGUGGAUUGUUUCAUGUGGAAUCAUCUCUCACAGUGGACAAAAGUUCAAGAGCAGAUGUGUCCUGUGUUGUAAGGAACACAAUACUCAAUGUUGAGAAGGAAGUGCAUGUUUCCUUGGCAGAUUCCUUAUUUCUUGAGGACUUUACCUGGAUAGUGUGGUUGGUUGUUCUCCUGGUUCUCCUGGUCAUCAGUGUAACCAUCUGUGUUCUAUUUCUGCGUGUUAGAAAAGCCAAAGGUAAACUUCAGGUAGAACAUGGCAAACUUCAGGAAGAAUAUGGCAAACCUCAGGAAGAAAAUGAAAAAUUAACUGCAGUGGAAUGCAAACCUCAGGAAGAAAAUGAAAAAUUAACUGCAGUGGAAUGCAAACCUCAGGAAAAGAAUGAAAAAUUAACUGCAGUGGAAUGCAAACCUCAGGAAAAGAAUGAAAAAUUAACUGCAGUGGAAUGAUCAGUGUGAGACAGUGUGGGGAAUGGAUGGACUGAGAGGAAUCAUGAGAGGACUCUGUGCUGGCCACAGCACAUAUCAUGGGGCUUGAUCUACUUGAGAUCAUGACCUGAGACAAAAUCAAGAGUUGCUCACUUACAUGGCUUUACCACCCACGUGUCCCAAUAUUUGGCCAAAUUAAGAUUUAGGUGUUUCACUAUAAUUCCCGUGUUCACAUAUCCGAUGCCUAAGUUUCAUGUUCUCUUUCCAUAUAUUUUUGGAUCACUUGUUUUCUAUUGAUUUGUUCACUUGCCCUCGUUCCUUUGGAGAACACUUUCAUAGUAAUUGGAUUGCUAUGCAUUUGGUCUUGUUUGUCUGUAUUUUCUGAACUAUUUCAUUGCUGUUAUCAUUUCUCAAUUUCCUAAGAUUUCCCUGUGGGAACCUUCUGAACCCUCACUAGAUCUGAGUGCUAUUCGAGUACUCUUUGGGACCCCAGUGUCUCACAUCCUCCUCUUUAUUGCUUUGCAUGGAGCUUUGCACAUGGGCCUGGACAGUGCUACUUGUCCUUCUUCACUGAGAGUCAGGAGCAUGAUCAGUGCAGGAUUAACUUUGGCCAGUCACCAGGACAUUUGGCGAAGAGAAACUUCUUUGCAUGUAUUUAUUUUCCCAUUUUUUUGUUUGGAUCCUUCCUUUUCUGGAUUAAGAAGGAAAGACAUUGUGAGCUCCAUUUCCAUCCCUGGUCCAGCUUUUAAUGGCCUCCCAACAGUGCCUUUUCACAGAAUCGCUCAUGUCCAAAGUCAACCCGCUGACGGAUCCAUCCUGUUUAGCUAUGAACCUCAUGUCUUUGGACAUACUCAUCUCGGGAAAACGAAAGCACCUCACAGAAACUUGGUCAGGAGCUCCUGAGAAAUAGAUUUGAAGGAGACUAUGGGCUAGGCUGUAUGAGAUUCCUGAGUGAAAGUGCUAAGGGAUGUGUUCUUAUGAGACUUACUAUAUAUUCAUACCUUAUGAAAGGAUAUAACUGGGUUUGAAAUAAACGUAGACUAUCGAGGAAUCUACCAGAAUCAUCUCCUAAGGAAAUAGGGAACAUUCCGUUAUGUGAGCACACAGAAGAAAAAUAUCUGACCUAAAGAUUUUUAUCAGAAACUGAAGAAAUUUUGUUCAAGUUCUAGAAAGGAAACACCGAAAUCCGUGUUGUGAACAUCAAAUAUUGUAACGUGUCUCACAUUCUUUAAAAGAAAAAAAAAAUAGGGAAUUAGCAAAUUAUGCAGUAAUGGAAUUACAGGUGUUCAUCUAUAGAAAACAUAAAUCCUACUGCAAAAAGGCGAUUGCUCUACCCUAUGUAUAUUAGAGGAAUUAUAUAUAGCCAACAAGGAAAAAUGUAUGUUUAUGACUAUGUAUACAUAUAUAUAUAUAUAUAUAUAUAUAUAUAUAUAUAUAUAUAUAUACACACACACACACACCCAUAUGUGAUAAGGAAGAUAUGUGUACGAUAUAUAAGCAGGAAAUACAGAAAAUGUUGACAUAGGCAUGCGUUUAGACAUAGAUGAAUGUACAGAUAUAGAUACAGAAUAUCUCCCUGGGAAAUUUGGAAGGUCACAAAUAGACCUCUGUGAAUCACGUUGUGGUUUACCAUAAGUAAGGUAGAAUUGCCUAUGUCAUUGAAACUUCAGCAUAACUUUUAAGUGGCUGCAAAACACUUGGCUCUCUCAGACACACUUUAAAAUUUCUAGUCCUAUAUAUAGAUUCACUGUGUUCCAAGAGCCAUGAACUGUCAGGAGUAUUAUUUCCAUUCUAUAACUUAGUUCUGUAUUUCUUUUUAAAAGUACACAUCAGUAAGAAUGUGGUAAGUCAACUUUUACUUCUUUGUGUUGAAUGGAUUGUUCACAAAUUAAAGGUCAGGCAUUUUUUUUGAAAGUUUUAAGAGAAAACAGUCUCUCUAGCUAUAAAGAAGUAAAUAGCAGUUUGGGUUUUGAAUUUGUGCAUUUCCUUCCCUGUUUUAUGAAUGAGGUUGUCCCAGGUUCCUUGAGCUCUGUUGGAUUGUUAUAUCUAGAAUUCCUCAAAUUUAUCAUUCAUAACUUGGAUUCUAUGGAGAGGAGAGCCACUAAAAAUUUGGGCAGUGCAGUAAAUGAAGUUCUGUGGUAAAGGUCUCAUAAAUUCUUAGAAGUCUCAUGGUGCUCCAUUUCCAAGCAGAGCACAGCCUAGUCCACCAUCAAAUCUCUACCAAUUUCACCAUAAGUCUCACCUUUUGUCAUUAAUUUGCAGGUAGGCUUUCCUUGCUAACCCACUUCUUUGUAAUUUGAGAAAAUAAAGCUUAGAUAAAAUGUCUUUGGAAAACCUUUUUCCUCCUCUGCAUCUUUGAAAUUCUCCACCUGUCUGGAGGAUCAUUUUUGCCUACUCUGACCACCCCCCCCAUUUAAAAAAAUGCUUCUUGAUAUUUUCGAAAUUCCUAUAAAUCAACUCUUUCAUAUGAUGCAUGACAUGUCUGCUUCAUUUUCUCUGUUUUCUCUCUCUUAUUUUCACCUCGUCGGCUGACCUUUGAGCACAUCACCGUUGGAAUAAUUUGACUUGAGUCUACUUCACUAGACACUCUUCCCCACACUUUCUUGAUUUCUGUAUAUCUUUUUGUUUUAUACAGAUCAUAAAUACAAAGAAAGAGGAGUGGUCUUGUGUAUACUUUUUGGAAUGGAAGAUAUCAUUAAAAAACCUAUUUGAUCAGUGAAAAUCACAUUGGGAGAUGGUUUCCCCAUCAUAAGCUAUCAAUAUUUAAUGUGGUCUCCCAAUAUAUUUUGCAUAUCAGUUGAAACAUUGCUGUCCUUCUGAAGGAUUUAAAUUACAAUUUGUGUAACCAAAUUUCAUUUAAAAUAGUCACACUGUAGCAUCUCUUUUAAUUAUUUUUUAUAUUAUUAACUUCAUUUCCUGACUCUGCAUGCCUCCUCCUUAUAGAGGCUCAGUCAUUCCAUCCCAGUUUCUUGCAGCUCAGACUGUCAGGGUGAUCUGGGUGAACUUUGGGAGAGAUCCUAGGAGGAACUCUGCAGAACCAUUAGAUAAUUUUGCAUGGAGCAGCUUACUUCUUGAAGAAAGGAGACUGUGGAUGAUGGAGUUGUGAGCAUAGUUGAUGAUACUGUAGAAUGCCAUCAAAAUCAUCCAUUCAGGAUGAGUUACACCAGUCCUGUGUCUCUGUUUCCUUUCUCUUUAUGAAUUUUCAACCUUUCAGUAAUAGUAUACCAAUUCAGAGCUUGAAUAAUUUAUAGAAAUUCUGCUUCUCAAAACAUUCACUCACACAUUCAUUGUUCACUUGUUUAUUAUAUUUCUGUG